AUGCCCGCGCUGGAUUUUGCGCAGUGUCCAAGCCGUGGAAACAAACGGUUGAAAAUAGUCGUUGGACAAAGAAGAGGAGAGAAUGCACCAGGCAUUUCUCUUGACCAACGUUCUCAGACACCGCCAAACCAGUCUCAGCAAUCGACCAGGGUGGAUACGCUAGCUGAACGGGAGGCACGCGGCAGCAGCUGGAACCAGCAGACAGAGCCAGGCUCCAGCUCGCAGAAAAGACAUGAAGGACUGCUCCCUUCCUUCUCCACCAAGCAGUAUAGUCAACUUCCUACUCCCCAGAGUCCGUCGGAUUCGAGUAGGUUCGCUGCAGGUGUCGGUUUAUCUCCAGAAUCGCCAAUUCCUUUGUCCCAAGCCUCCUACUCUGCGCCAGGCAGUUUUCCUCAGCGAAUCUUGUACAGAAAUUUGCCGGAAGAGGCAGUCACGCACCCUAACCCAUCUCAACACAUCCUCACGCCUGCGUCAAGUCCCUUUGUUUCACGAACUUCAUCCAACCGUAAUGAUAACCCAGCGACACCUACUCAUCAAACAUCCCGCUUCACCAAUACUUCACAACCCACUGCUCCAAUGCCACAAUUCCCCGUCGACUCAUGUGUGAUAACGAACCCGGUGACUCCCCGGAACCAUGGCCAACCUACGGCGAGCUCAUCGAGCGACGCCGAGCAACCCGUCACAGCGUCCACUCUCUCAUCCCCGUUCAUGGCCAAGGCAAGCGUUCCCGGUCCAUCCCCUCGACUUCAUCCUGUUUCUUCGCCUGCGCCUCCCCGUACCGACUCGCAGCCUCUCGCUCCUUGCCAAGAUUCAUCUAUCCCCUCGAACAAUCCUUUCGGACCCUCGCGUCCUCCCGGUGGAGAGAUGGAGAGAAUUCGUCAAGCGAUAAGAGAGGAUCAACUAUCGCACAUUCGAGAAGCAGAGAGUCGUCGACCCGAGUACCUCAAGCGAGCCAAGCGUUCAUUCGACGAGGCGGAUCCCGAUGCGAUGGAUGAAGAUCAGCGGCAAAGUGCGCCAGUUGGUAUCAUGGAGAGCCCUCAGAAAGGCCGUCGGCUCAAGCUGUUCCAAGAGACGUCUGAAGAGAGCUUCGAAGAGAGCCUCAUGGCAGGUGGCUAUGGUCGAUACCGUACCGCCGAAUGGGUGCGUCAACCUCAGCCCAUCUCUCUGCACCUGGCUGCUCUUCCCGGCACUCCGAACGUCGUUUCCCAACUAGAAGAGGUGGAAGAAAAGAAACCACCCACCGAAAAGGAACUCAAGAAGCUGCGGCGACUCGAAGCGUUCCGUUCCAGUCGGUCUGAGGGAAGGCAUAAAGCCAAACUCUAUCCCGUCGAGCUAGAAGGCAAAGGCCGGGUUUUACUUGACAUCCCGAACGAAAUGCCGCAGGCUCCCGGCGAAGUAGAAGGUUCUCCAUCCAAAAAGCGUACUCCUCGCCGCAAGAAGAAGGGCAACGAUCCUCCUCCUAAUGACAAGAAGUCGUUGGUCGACGUUGCCGCUAACUUGGUUGCCGAGGACUCGAUAGAUAAGCCUAACUGGACCGACGGCGAGUUUCCGUGGCGUCUACGUUACGAAGAGCGAGAGCAGUUGGCCAAGGCUGAGGAAGAGGAGCGCCUAAAGUGGAUAGAACGCUUUUUGGACCGGGAUUCCGACGAUGAAGAGCCGGAAGGUCCACCCACAAGCAAUGAUUCCGAGGGCGAGGAGGCUCUUCCACCCGAGAGAUGGGGCGCUGUCUAUGAGCAUGAACAACCUCCCCCAGUUCGACCAGGACGAGGCAAGAUGGUCCCGCUACUCGCGCAUCCAGAAGACCCGAGGAAGAAUUUUCGAUUCAAACGUUCUGCUUUUCCAAGCGACCCCGGCGAUGCGAAAGCGGCUUUGCUAGCCAAGCGAAGUGUUCGUGCGCUAUCCUAUCGCCAGCAACGUAGAGAACGUGAAUUGCACGAUGACGAUUCUGACGCCGAGCUGUGUAUCUGUCACGGGUAUGACGACGGUCGCGAACUUGUGCAAUGCGACGACUGCCAGACCUGGUACCACCUCGAAUGCAUAGGUAUUCGUCACAUCUCCGAGUUGGGGAGAGAGGAAGACCCUUGGUUCUGUCGUCAUUGCAUGACACGAAGUCACUCGCCUUCGUCUGAACCCAGCUAUGAUAUCCCGAUGCCCUUCUUCCAACCCUCGAUCCAAGACUCUCCCAACUGGCUGCGAAUUCCGAAGACUCCGACGCGUCCGGGACGUUCGGGGAUUCCAGACUUGGAUUACUAUACCUCGUCGUCGUCGCCGUGGCCUGAUCUCAGAAACCCGCCUUCGACACCCCAAGGCCACGAGCAUCACGUCCGCGUUCAGCCAGGUAGUAGUACCUAUGGGACUUAUGAUGCCUCACGACCCACUUGGGAAGAAUCACCCUUCGACCCGACCUCCACCCCCUCACGGGGAAUCCGAUUCCAUGCCCCCUUUGCGACACCCAAAUCCCAAAUGUGGCCGCGCUCCAGCUACAACUUCCAAACUCCGCUUCGUAACCAACACCGGACCUCUGAUCGAAACUCGUUUGGUGGACCUGGUUAG